GGUACAGAAAAUUAGAAAGCUACGCCCCUUCCCAUGGACUAGUCUUGUUCGAUCACACUCGAACAAGGAAACCACGUAAAACCCGUCUUGUUUCAAUUCUCGUUUUACUCCGAUCAUUGUUACGUUACGAUCAACAUGGUAUCAGAGCCAGGAAAUAUGGAUCUUGAGAGUAUUAGCACUCGUGUCAACUCGAAGAAUUUUGCACUAUGGGAGUUUCAAUUUCGUACGUUCAUUGAAGGUCAGGGCUUUUUCGGAUUUCUCGACGGCACAACAAUGAAGCCAGCCGUACCUCCAUCCACGCCACAAGAGCAAGCCAAGUGGGUGCAAUCUGAUGCUCGGGUUCGCUCUUAGAUCUUGAAGUCGGUCGAUCCCUCUAUCGUCCUAGGGCUGCGUCUCCGUCCGACGUCGGCCGAGAUGUGGAAAGCUCUCCAUGACACGUAUGCCACAACAAGCGCCGCCCGCCAGUUUGAGAUAGAAGUGGAGCUGGGUAAUCUCUACCAAGGUAACAAAGAUAUUACUACGUACUAUAAUGAAGCAAAGCAAUUAUGGACAGAGCAAGACCUCCUCUCGGCCGCGUUGCUCUCGGGAUCGGCCUCUGGCGAAGUUCGCGCUGAGAAAGCAAAGGCCCGCACCUUGCAAUUUUUGGCUCGAUUGAAGCCUGAAUACGAAGCUGUUCGUUCAACCCUUCUCAACCGAGAGGGCCUUCAGCUGGAGCAAGUGCUGGGCGCACUUAUCCGCGAGGAAACCAGGCUGCGCACUCAGGCCGGCAUCGACGCGCGUCCUGGGAAUGGCGACCCUUCAGUGUUUGCCGUUGUGAAGGGCAGCGCGAAUAAUCAACAAGUCUGCCCUAGUGAUGACUCCGGCCAGUCCGAUGGCACUGCUUUUGCUGCCUAUCGCCCACCGUCGACUACUCGCCGGGAAGUCGAAUGCUUCCAUUGCCACGCCAAAGGUCACACAAAGAAGUACUGUCGAAGUAGAAAUUUCUGCGUCUAUUGCAAGAAAAUUGGUCACAUAGUCCCGGAUUGCCCUGUUGCUCCACCUCGGCCAUCUCCUAACAAUCGCAAUAUGCCCACCAGAGGAACACAACAAGGAGUGGCCUCUCGGCCAAGUGGAAAUUAGCGCCACCAGCAAGCUUCCGCUGAGAAUGAAACUCGCCCAGCCUUCGCCACUCACAUGGCCCCUGAUGGUGAUGGUACUACUAUGACUGCGGCUGCCCUCGAACAGCUUGUUAACAAAGCAAUCAGUUCAGCCUUUGCUAGCCUGCAAGCAUCGGGUAAGCUCCCUAAAUGGAUUCUCGACUCAGCAUGCUUCAAUCACAUGACCAGUAAUACUUCUAGUAUCUCUAAUUUAUCCCCCGUUGAUGAUAUUUCACUUCAAGUUGCUAAUGGUUCACGUUUUCCUAUUGCGGGUGUAGGGUUAGUAAGAGAACGAGACUUAGCUUUACCUAAUAGCUUUUAUGUACCUGAUCUUGUGCCGAGUUUGGUGUCUGUUGGCCAGCUCACUGAAAGUGGUUGUCGUGUUGUGUUUGCACCGUCUGGGUGCUCUGUUCAGGAUCUGAAGACGGGGCGGGAGAUAGGCAGGGGUAACAAGCAUGGACGGAUCUUCUAUUUGGAGCAGCUCGACACAUUGCCAUCGUCAUCAUCACUUGCCUCAUCGUCAUUGGUGUCUAGGUCUUCUCCAUCCACAGUUUUUUCAAGUCUUGGUGAUCGUACGUUUCAGCUAUGGCACGCGAGACUAGGUCAUCCUAAUUCAUCACGUCUAGGAAUCAUGUUUAAGAAACAAUUAUUUGGCAA